AUGGUCAAAGCUGCUAGACUUCUUAAUUAUGAUCUAAAUAUCAUAAGAAUACCAUGUUUUGCACACACUUUACAAUUAGUUGUAAAUAAGGCAUUAAAAAUUAAUACAAACAUUCAGUCAUUCGUUUUAAGAUGCAAAAGAUUGAUCAACUUCUUCACUACCCCUAAACAAAAAGAAAAUCUUGAAAAGAUGCAAAAAGAGCUGAGUUAUCCAAAUAUUCAUACAGUAAUUCAAGAUAUCAGCACUAGAUGGAAUUCAUCAUUUUAUUCAUGGAGAAGGUUAAUUGAUUUACAAAGUGCAGUUACUCAUUUACCAUCUAAACUAAUGGCUGAUCUAAAUAAAGAUAACAAAAAAGAUGGGAAAAGGCUUGAACGAAUCAUGUUAAAUGAUAGUGAGUGGAUUUUGAUGAAUGAUCUUGUGCAAAUCUUUAGUGGAUUUGAAGAACUCACCAGAAAAUUCAGUGGAAAGUCAUAUGUUACUUUUUCUGUUGUAUAUCCUUUAAUCAACUCACUAAAGGAGAAAUUGAAUUUAAUAUUAAAUUCCAUUGAAGAUUGCAACAACAUUAAUAUUUCAAUUAAUCAAAACGAUGAAAGUUCAGAAAUGAUGCAAAUGGAUGAAGAAGAUGAUUCACUUUUAAAUAUUGAGGUUAUUCCUGACGAAGAAGAAGCGGAUGAAUUAAUUGUAGCUGUACCUGGAUCAAAAAAAAAAAUUAACAUAUCUAGACCAAUAGAUACAAAUGGCUUGAAAGUCCAUAUUUUAAAAAAUUUAUUAUUAUCAAUUGAUAAAUAUUGGGAUUUACCAUCAGAUUUAUCAUUUAUUUCAUCAUCACUUGAUCCAAGAUUAAAAAAACUUAAUCAUUUGAGUUCCACACAACGAGAAAAUAUAAAAUUGCUUUUACAAGAAGAAUAUCAAUUGCUAAAAAAUAAUCAACAAGAAUCAAGUCAAUCUCAAAAUAAUUCACAAAAUUUAAAUGAAGACGAUCAUAGAAAAGUUAUUAUUUUUAAAAAGGAACAUGAAAUAUAA